GAGAGGAGAGAUCCGGGCGUCGAUGGAGGCGAGCUCGGGGCCUCGCCGGAGUUCCGCCCAGGAGCCAGAUGGCCCAGGCGACGGAGCGGACCUCAUCAGCUCCCUCCCCGACGAGCUGCUCCUCCUCGUCCUCGCCCGCCUCCCCUGCGCCGCCGACGCCGCCCUCACGGGAGUCCUCUCCCGCCGGUGGCUCGGCCUCUGGGCUGGCCUCCGCCAGAUCGUCUUCCGCGGCGUGGCCCUCCCGUCGCUCGAGGCGGCGCUCGGCCGCGUCGCUACCACCCCGCCCGCGGUUUCCCUCCUCAAGAUCCGCGUCCCGAUCAAGCAGCAGCGUGGACCCGUCCCCAUGGAGCACCGGACAGACAGCGCCGGCGUCCCCAUCAACUCGCUGCUCCGCGCCGCCGCGCGGCUCGAUCCGGAGAAGAUCGACUUCCGCCUCCCCUCCGGCUUAAUCGAUCGUUCCCUCGCUGUCGAUCUGCCUCGCUUCCACCGCGCCACCUCCAUCGCGCUGGACCUUUCCCCCAUCACCCUGGCCGUGCCGGCGGGCGCCGAUUUCGCCGCACUCGAGACGCUGUCCCUGGCGCGUUGCAGUACCGAUCUCGACGCCUUGCUCUCCUGCUGCCCGCGCUUGCGCACGCUCCGCCUCAGCACGGCCCGCGACAUUACGGUCAACUCGCCGUCGCUCCAGGAGCUUGUCGUCUGCUGUGAGACCAGUAUGACACGACAUGUCGACAUCGUUGCUCCCGCGCUUAAGCAGUUGGUCAUCUCAUUGACGGCGGUGGACCACAGCAUCUCCGUCUUGGCACCAAUGGUGGAGAAGGUCUCGUGGCACUGCCAAUACUUGGGGCCGCGUAUUGUGUUUGGCGUUUGGAGCCUCAACAAGGUGCAGCUACAGUCGGCGGAGAUACAAGGAGAGCCAUCGUCGCUGUGUAUUUAUGCCUGUGCGUACUCUGCAUUUUUUCACGCUCAGGCGAGCCACUUUAAGCAGGAGAUCGAGAAACAUAUGGUUGCUGCUUUCUCUUGUUUAGAGCUUCAUCUCAUAACGACGGGGCAUGCUUUUGGAGCUUUAGUGUUUCAUCUUCUUGGAAUGAAUCGAAUUCGUACUGCUACGCGGAGGCUUAAGGUCGUCCUACAGAGAUCAGCGUUGAAAGAAGUAUGCCCGCCAUACUGUCUUUGUGAGUCGAACUGGAGGUCCCAGACUAUAUCCUUGGAUGCUCUCGAAGAAGUGGAGUUCAAUGGAUUCAGCGGAGCGGAUCAUGAGUUUGAUUUAUUGGAAUUGAUACUUGGAUGUGCACCGACACUAAAAAGAAUGAUUGUCAAGCUGUCCGAUGAGACCUCGGCAAGUAAUGAUGGAUGCGCAAAGAUAGUCAACAUCUUAAAGGCAUGUUCUUCCGUGGAAUGUGAUGUUUAUCACAGCUCGGGGUUAAUGCACGGCAGCCAAAAUUGCCCGUCGACAUGA